GUAUCUGUUGAGUUCACACGAGCUAAAACUUUUUAUUUCCGCCACUACGAUUUUGUCAAGAGGCAUCUUUGCAAAGGUGACACCGGGAGGCAGCUCCCAGGUUCUGCGAUGCAUGGCUACACGAGGUUGGUCGUCUGGCUGUUGCUCCUAAGCAGCUCGUCACCGUGCUUUGGCCAUGUAACCAGUGAUUCCGACGUCCAAUGCUUGAAGGACCUCAAGCAGUCGGUGAUCGAUCCUAACGGCGUGCUCGAAGCCUCAUGGAGCUUCUCUAACAACGGCAUCGACGGUUACAUAUGCCGGUUCACCGGCGUGGAAUGCUGGCACCCUGAUCAGAACAGGGUUCUCGGGUUGCGUCUCGGCAACCUGGGACUCGAAGGUCUAUUCCCUCCAGGCCUCCACCUUUGCAGCUUCAUGACCGCUCUCGACAUGUCCGGCAACAACUUCUCAGGCCCGCUCCCGGAACACAUCUUCGAGCAGAUGGGGUACAUGACCUAUCUGGACCUCUCGAACAACAGUUUCUCAGGCGUGAUCCCUGCAGGCAUCGGGAACAUGACGUACCUGAGCACCCUCGCCCUUCAGCACAACCAGUUCGCCGGCGGAAUUCCGGCGCAGCUGGGCAACACUUCGCAGCUCAUUUCGUUUAAUGUCGCCGAUAAUUCACUGUCGGGCCCUGUCCUGGACUCUCUGCAGCGCUUCCCGGCUACCAACUUCACAGCCAAUCCGGGGCUCUGCGGGCCGCCGCUGGACAAGAGGUGUAAGAAGAGGUUUAGGGUGCGGAUACACGUCCGUCUUGUUCGGACUCGGGAGAUGUUUGUCCGGAUUCAGAAGCUGCUGCACAGGAUCAAUGACGCGUCCAUCAUCGGGGCGUUGGCUGGGUUCAUCUUUGGGUUCAUGGUGGCCUUCUACUUUCCGCACAAGUUCUUGUUCUGUGGGAGGCUCUAGCCCUGCACCUUUCGUGUUUGUGGGUGACAGUGUGUACAUGAACGUUGGGCUAGAGAAUGCGCCAGGCUGCCUUUGUUGGUCUAUCCUAUGAUAAAUAUGUGGGCAAACAAGUCGUGUGUGUGGUCAC